AUGUCGACCAUUACUGGUUAUUUGGGCAACUACGCCAACGCCGAUUUCAGCACGUCACAGCUUUUAUCAGUCAGCUCUGUAAUGAGUUCCAUCAUUGGAGGCGUGUUGCGCUUGCCGACUGCCAAAAUCAUUGAUAUCUGGGGACGUGCCGAGGGUUUCUUCGUCACCAUGUGUAUCACCAUCAUUGGAUUAAUCAUCUUCGCCGCCUCGAACAACGUUCAGACAUACGCCGCUGCCUCGGUCAUCUACUACAUUGGUUACGAUGGCAUGUACUAUGUCAUGACUGUCUUCAUCGCCGACACCACCAGGUUGAAGCACAGAAUCCUUAUGCUGGCCAUCUCCCAGACACCGUUCAUCUGCACCGCUUUCACUACCCCUUAUGCUGUCUCGAAUUUCGUCAACGGAGCUGGCUGGAGAUGGGGAUAUGGAACAUUCGCCAUUGUCACUCCCGUGGCCUGUCUUCCUCUUUGCGGAGUCUUCCUCUACUAUCAGCGAAAAGCUGAAAAGAUGGGACUCUACAAGAAAACCGAAAGACCCGCUCGUGGCUGGUACCAAACCAUUACGCAUUACUGGGUGGAGUUUGACGUAGUCGGUGUCUUCUUGCUCGUUGCAGGAUUCGUCUUGUUCCUGCUGCCAUUCUCUCUCGCGACUUCGGUUGCCGGGCAAUGGAAGAGUGCGAGCAUCAUCUCCAUGCUGGUCAUCGGCUUUGUCAUCCUCUGCUUGUUCCCUGUAUGGGAGCGCUUUGGUGCUAGCAAGCCUUUCCUGCCGUGGGAGAGACUCAAGGAUCGCACUGUAUUCGGUUCGGUUCUUUGCAUUUCUAGUCUCUACGCCGCUUUCUAUUGCUGGAACCUUUACUACUACACAUUCAACCAGGUAAGCAGAACGAAGCCGACCAGUAUGCAACACAUGCUAACAGCAAUCAACNAGGUGGUCCUCAACCUCAAUACUACCGAUGCUACAUACAUGGGAGAGAUCUACACCGUAGGCUCUUGCUUCUUUGGUGUUAUUACAGNNGGUAAGAAUCUUUCCCCAUACCGCUUUCGAAAGAAUGUUACUAAUUGCGAUGAUAGCAUUCUGGUCAAAUGGACCAAACGCUACAAGUGGAUUGCCCUCGUCUCUGUCCCACUCUACAUGAUCGGUACCGGCUUGAUGAUAUACUUCAGACAACCCGGCGUGGCCCCCAGAUACGUCGUCUGCGCACAAAUCUUUGUCGCAUACGCCGGCGGCACACUGGUGCCUUGCCAUCAGGUCGCCGCUCUCGCCGCCGGAACCCACGCAGACUUCGCAACUACACUUGCCCUGCUGUACCUGGCUUCCUCCGUUGGCGGUGCAAUCGGCGAUUCCAUCGCUGGUGGUAUCUGGACGAAUGUCUAUCCUAAAGAGCUGAACAAGCGUCUCCCCGCCGACGUCGCAACAUCAGUUUACACGAGCUAUCUUAAUGCGCUCAAGUAUCCCGCUGGCAGUCCGACGAGAGAUGCUAUCGGCGUCGCAUUUGGUAUCGCUCAGAGGGAUAUGUGCAUUGCAGCUACUUCCAUUACUGCACUUACCUUUAUUGCUGUCUGGAUUUGGCGCGAUAUCAAUCUCGGCAACAAGAAGCAGAUUACAGGUGUUGUUGUUUGA